UAGCUGGGAGUCGGCGCUCGUCAGUUAAUGCUUGCGUGGUCUUUGCGCUGUCUGUGUGGCUAGCAGGGAGGCUGGGCCCGUAGUACGGAUGGUGUCCUGCCUUUCCGCACCUCUCCAGGCGCCAGCGCCGUCUCCGCCACUCGGGUCACGCUCCAGCUAGAGGGAGCUGGCCGUGCGGCUCCCCGUGGUGCACCGUCCUGGCUGAGAGGAAAUCAUGGGGGUGAAAGUGCAGCGUCCUCGUUGCUUUUUUGACAUAACAAUUAACAAUGUACCAGCUGGAAGAGCUGUCUUUGAACUGUUUACAGACGUUUGUCCAAAAACUUGUGAAAAUUUCCGCGGUCUCUGUACAGGUGAAAAGGGCAUUGGCAAAAGCACACAAAAGCCGCUGCAUUACAAAAACUGCUUGUUUCAUAGAGUGGUGAAAGAUUUUAUGAUCCAGGGAGGGGAUUUUAGUGAAGGGAAUGGAAGAGGUGGAGAAUCUAUAUAUGGAGGAUUUUUUGAAGAUGAGAAUUUCUCUGUUCAGCACAACAAGGAAUACCUGCUUUCAAUGGCUAACCGUGGCAAGGACACCAACGGGUCACAGUUCUUUAUAACAACCAAGCCAACACCCCAUUUGGAUGGGCUUCAUGUUGUAUUUGGGCAACUGAUCUCUGGACAGGAACUGAUCAGGGAGAUUGAGAAUCAGAAGACAGACGCCUCCAGCAAGCCCUGUGCAGAGGUCAGGAUACAGAACUGCGGAGAGCUCGUUCAUAUUCAGAAAUAUAAAUCCAAGAAAGAGAAGAAAAAACGCAAAUCAUUGUCAUCUAGUGACAGUGAGAACUCAAGUGAGUCCGAUUCCUCUUCUGAUUCAUCUUCCGAGUCUGAAGAGGAGGAAAAAGCCAAAAAGAAAAAAAAGCAUAAGAAGAAUUCCAAGAAGCAGAAAAAGGAGAAGAAAAAGCGUAAGAAAGCCAAGAAAAGUUCUGAGAGUGAAAAUGAAGAUCAAGAAGUUCAAGUAACAUCUACUGUCCGUCCAGAGGAAAUCCCCACCGUGCCAGAAAACAAGUUUUUGAUGAGAAAAAGCCCACAAAGAGCAGAUGAGAGAGAAAGCAGAGCAACUGAGCGGGAACGUGAGAGAGAAAGUUCCCUUUACCAGCGGGCACUGCUAGUAACCAGGUCUGGAAGAAAAAUCAAAGGAAGAGGUCCCAGGCGCUAUCGUACUCCCUCAAGAUCCAGGUCAAGAGAUCGAUUUCGGAGAAGUGAGACUCCCCCACACUGGCGGCAGGAAAUGCAAAGAACACAGAGAAUGAGAUAUUCUAGUGGAGAACGCUGGAUCAAGGGAGACAAAAGUGAAUUAAAUGACACAGAUACUCAGAAAAGCCCUGUGCGAGGAAGAGAACGUAAACAGUCUGACCAAAGAGCGAUGUCCAAGAGUCCCCACAAAAGAGGUGAUCAUGGGAAGAAGAAUAAAGAUGAAAAACCAAGUAGCAAAGACAGGGAGUCCAAGAAAAAUCCAGAAAAUGAAGAAAAACGCAAUAAAAACUGGAGUCGAAAAAGAGUAAAAUCAGAAAGCCGGAGUAAAAGUAAAGAGAACCCAAAAAACAAUAGAGAUGUUAAGCAUGGGAAACAUGAUGAAAAAAACAGGUCAAGAAGCAAGGAGAGGGGACAUGAAAAGGGAAAAGAAAAAGCUAAACAAUCAAAUAACAAAGUUAAGGAGAGAAGUAAAAGUAAAGAUAGAUCCAAACACAGUACAUCAAAAAAUGAAAGAGCAAAAAGCAAGAGCAAGGAGCGGGCUCGGAGCAAGAGCAAGGAGCGGGCUAAGAGCAAGGAGCGGGCUCGGAGCAAGAGCAAGGAGCGGGCUCGGAGCAAGAGCAAGGAGCGGGCUCGGAGCAAGAGCAAGGAGCGGGCUCGGAGCAAGAGCAAGGAGCGGGCUCGGAGCAAGAGCAAGGAGCGGGCUCGGAGCAAGAGCAAGGAGCGGGCUCGGAGCAAGAGCAGGGCUCGGAGCAAGGAGGAAGACAAAAACAAAGGCAGGCAUGAAAAAACAAGAAGCAAGGAACGUGAAUCUAUAAAAACAAAAAAUAGAUCUAAAAGAGGUAGGAGCAAAAGCAGAGAGAAUAGCAGAAGGGCCCGAUCAAGAAGCAAGGACAGUGACCGAAACAGAAGUCGAGACCAUGCAAAAAACAAUGAUAAAGAGGUCAAGAGUAAAAGCCAGUCCAAAAGUACAGAUCGAAAGCAAACGCCAGAAAGAAGUAAGAAGAGUAGGAGUAGAGGCAGCUCUAAAUCUUCAGAACGAGAAGUUGUUGAAAGUAAAAGCAAAGACUCCUCUAGGAAGGAGGAAAGUAAAAGUUCUCAGAAGAAGAUUGCGGAUCAUGAGAGGCAUAAAAGGAAGCACUCUCGGAGCAGCAGUCCAGAAAACAAACGGGCCAGGAAAUCUAGCAGAACUCACAUUAGUCCAGACUCCAACACAGUGCAUAGUACCAACAGAGAGGAGCGAUCAUCCCACCGAAGAAGUCGAGAGAGGGACAAGGCAAGAUCUUCCCACAGCAAGGACACCAACAAAAAGUCACGGAGUCGUGAGAGGGAUGUUUCACACUCAAAAGAGAGAAAAAAUAGCCAUUCAAGUCCCACGUGUAUUGAUAGUAAAAAUGAGAAAUUAAAUAUAAUUACUACCUAGACUUGUACUUGAUGAACAUUUUACUUUUUUUUUUUUUUUUAUUCUUUUUUUUUUUUUUUUUGUUUAAACAGAAAAAUUGUAUUUGAUAUUUCUCAGUCUGGAUCAUUUGUAUUGCUGAAGUUUUAAUAAACUUGCGAUGAAAGAA